UUUUGGUAAUAUUCAUUGCGAUAUCAUGAGUAGACUUUUGGUUAUUUUUUGUGUUUUUGCUGCAGUUUUUUCUGCUCCCGCGCCUAUAACAAUUGAACCGGUCACAGAAAAUCACUUCAUUACACAAGUUCCAUGUGAAAUCCUUGAAGCAGAUUUGAGUGAUGAUUCACAUGUCACACCGUUUAUUGAAAGAAAACAUUCCACACCGAAACAAAAUAUCCCAACGACGCCGUGUGCUACUUCUCCAGCUGAAAUAGAUACUACUACACCUCAAGUGUCAUCUUCUGAGCCAUUCACUACUUCGGAAAAUAGUAGUACAGCAGAGCCGUUCGCACCUUCGGAUUCAACUACUUCAAUAAAUGAAACUCAAACUACUUCAACGCAUGCUGAAACAACACCUGAAAUUCACUACACAGAGAAACCCGCAACACUCGAACCUUCAAAGGCGCCAACCGACGACUGCCCAACAACUCUUGUUGUGGAGAAUAAAACACUGACUCCUACUGAGCACAAGCCUACCGAACAUUCUACAACAAUUGAAAAUACCGAACCAACAACUGGAAGGGAUAGAACAACAGAUCCAGUUAUUUCGGACAAAACUGAGACACCAUCUACAAAUUUUAGCACAGUUGCAGAAAAUACAGCAUCAUCAACACCAAUUUAUAUAACUAAAGUUCCUACCACAUUUGAAAGAUCCGAACCAACAAUGGGUACUGAGGCAACAACAGAUCCUGUUUUUCCGGACAAAACCACAAAUUUCGCCACAGUUUCUGAACAUUCAAGAUCGUCAACACCAAAUUAUAUUACUGAACAUCCCACCACAUUUGAAUCUUCCACUGAAUCAACGGAUGAUCCAACUCCCGAUGUGACUCCGGUAGUUUUUGUGCAAACAACAAAAGUACAAGAACUAACAACACAGACUUCAAAUGGUGUACCACUUCUUCUUUCCACUGCGAUAUGGGCAAUCGUGAUGUGGCUUUAAAUUUGAUAACAGUGAUUCUCCAUUUACAUUAUGAAUAAAUUGUUUCUACAGUU